AUGAGAAGAUGGGAAAAGAUUUCGACUAGGUUUUACUGGAAAGGAUGUUUCGAAGAUGUACACACGUUUAUACAGAACUGCGACAACUGUCAAAGAAAGGUGAACCUGAAGAAAGCAAAGAAGCCACUGCGACCUAUCACAGUUCCCGCCGAGGCUUUCAAGCAAGUGGGCAUGGACCUUAUAGGUCCUCUAGAAACCUCUUAUCAGGGUGACGAUGUGGUUUCCUACAAGAAGUUGUUUGAUGAUACGUUCACACUGAUCCUGGAAAUCACUUGCGGCAGUGCAGUUUCCAAACUGAUUAUGGAAAUAGGUUCCACCACACCAUUAACAACAACUUCAACAACUAGUUACGAAACAACAGCUUUAACUAGUUCAGGACUUUCCACCACAGCAACUAAAACACCGCUUUCUGAUACAACACCAUCAUCAACUAGUUCCGAAUCAACAGUUUUAACUAGUUCAGAACUUUCCAGCACAGCAACUAAAACACCGCUUUCUGAUACAACAACUUCAACAAUUAGUUCCGAAUCAACAGCUUUAACUAGUUCAGAACUUUCCAGCACAUCAACUAAAACACCGCUUUCUGAUACAACACCAUCAUCAACUAGUUCCGAUGCCACAGUUUUAACUAGUUCAGAACUUUCCAGCACAGCAACUAAAACACCGCUUUCUGAUACAACACCAUCAUCAACUAGUUCCGAAUCAACAGUUUUAACUAGUUUAGAACUUUCCAGCACAGCAACUAAAACACCGAUUUCUGAUACAACAACUUCAACAAUUAGUUCCGAAACAACAGCUUUAACUAGUUUAGAACUUUCCAGCACAGCAACUAAAACACCGCUUUCUGAUACAACACCUUCAACAACUAGUUCCGAUGCCACAGUUUUAACUAGUUUAGAACUUUCCAGCACAGCAACUAAAACACCGCCUUCUAAUACAACACCAUCAUCAACUAGUUCCGAAUCAACAGUUUUAACUAGUUUAGAACUUUCCAGCACAGCAACUAAAACACCGCUUUCUGAUACAAAACCAUCAUCAACUAGUUCCGAAACAACAGUUUUAACUAGUUUAGAACUUUCCAGCACAGCAACUAAAACACCGCUUUCUGAUACAACACCUUCAACAACUAGUUCCGAUGCCACAAUUUUAACUAGUUUAGAACUUUCCAGCACAGCAACUAAAACACCGCUUUCUGAUACAACACCUUCAACAACUAGUUCCGAUGCCACAGUUUUAACUAGUUCAGAACUUUCCAGCACAGCAACUAAAACACCGCUUUCUGAUACAACACCUUCAACAACUAGUUCCGAUGCCACAGUUUUAACUAGUUUAGAACUUUCCAGCACAGCAACUAAAACACCGCUUUCUGAUACAACACCAUCAUCAACUAGUUCCGAAACAACAGUUUCAACUAGUUUAGAACUUUCCAGCACAGCAACUAAAACACCGCUUUCUGAUACAACAACUUCAACAAUUAGUUCCGAAACAACAGCUUUAACUAGUUCAAAACUUUCCAGCACAUCAAUUAACACACCACCGUUUAAUACAACAGCAGCAGCAUUAACUAGUUCCGAAACAACAGCUUUAACUAGUUCAGAACCUUCCAGCACAGCAACUAAAACACCGUCUUCUAAUACAACACCAUCAUCAACUAGUUCCGAUACAACAGCUUUAACUAGUUCAAAACUUUCCAGCACAGAAACUAAAAUUCCACAUUCAGAUACAACUACUUCAUCAACUAGUUCAGAACUUUCAAGUACAGAAUCAACAGCUUCGCAAACUAUACUGUCCACAGAUGUUACUUUAUCUCUUAGUUCGGGUCAGCAAAGUGAUUCCACGUCUACAUCUAUUUCACAAGCAUCAAGUACAUCAUCUUCCACUAGUGCACAGGCUGAUACAACACAAUUUAAUGUAGUUUCCGGCGGCACAACCCCACCAGUGUCAACGACCAAUACUUCUGCCACCAAGUCACAAUCUACAUUAUCAACUACAACUACUCCCGGUGUCGGAUGGUCAGCUGCAUCUAACGAUGAAAGUUCUGAUGGUACGAAUCUUCUCCUUCUGGUCGCUGUUGGAACCGGGGCGGGUCUUGUGGCGGCGUCAGGCGUUGCCUUUGGGCUGAUCAGCAAGUACAAGAAACCAAGUGUACCAGUGCAAUCAAAAAGCAACCUUAGCAAAGCCGAAGCCCAAAAUGACACUAGCAGUAAGCGUGGAGAACGUGGGAAACAGAGAAAGUCGAACGGCUACAGGAUGUUCAGAGAAACUCCACAUGGUUCUGGGAUAGGACAGUAUAACCAGAACCUGACAGCGAUAGACUUCUAAAGCACGCGUGGCAGAGAACCGAUGAAUCUAUAAGGCCUUAAAGAUUCGUUGCUUCGUAUGACAUUAUGACAAUUGUUCAAUCGGUUCUCAAGCUCAUUUA